CACGCCUUUCGAGCUUGCGUGCUUUGGCUUCCAAUACCACCAUGUCAAGCCGGACAACUGGCUCACGGCCGAUAUGUGGCGCGUGCCUCGCCAUCGCCAGAGCCGCAGCAGCCCCUCUCGCGCCUCACCUGCUGCCACGGCGACGGCACACCCGUAGGUACUACGGCAUUUGCCGGACGGGCCUCUCCUUCUACUUUCCAAUGGCCGCGCUGCACUGGCUGGCGUGGGCCCGGCUCGCUGACUUUGCAAACCUCGUCCUGUACGUCGUCCUGCACGUCGGCAUGUUUUGCCAGGUGUCGCACGCUGCUGCGCACGGCCGCUGGGCCAGCAGCCGGUGGGUCAAGCUGCUGCAGCGCUCCGGUCUCUGGGUCUCGCCCGCGGCGCACCGGCUGCACCACUGCGAGCUCGACAAAAACUUCUGCAUCGUGAACGGAUGGGCGAACCCUCUCGUCGACCGGCUCUUCCGCACUCUAGUCGCGCACCGCUUGCCGCCGAGCAUGACUCCAGCGGUGCAGAGGGAGGUCUACAUUGCGCGGCGCGCGGCUAACGCCGUCGAGGCGCCGCCCUACCACGGGCUCGUCCCCGGGUAUCGCGAGAGACUCCGCCACAGGCAGAGCAGCUCGAGGAGCUGCCUGGCAAGGCCGAGGGCAGGCAGGUAGCGGUGCAAAUCGGUGCGCCGGGUCGGGGAGAGAGAGUCCGCAAGUGGUGGGACAGCGGGUGUUCAUGUACGCCAGUGGCAGGAUGUGAAAUGAAACGCGCGGGUUUUGCGGGGGCCCAGUGUGAGCCCCUGCACGAGGGGCGCGUGACGCGUGUGGGCGUGCGUGGGCUGUGUGGGGCUGGCUUGAUUUGCCUUGAUCACGCAC